CAUCCUCAUAACUGAGACGGCAACAAAUAAAACCCGAUCCCCCACGCUCUGAAAAUCUUCUUAGCGGCGGAGGAGAAGAGAGAGAAAGAGGGUUGCAGGAGCAGGAGAAGAGAAAUGGGGAAGGGAACGGGGAGCUUUGGCAAGAGGAGGAAUAAGACCCACACACUGUGUGUGAGGUGUGGGCGCAGGAGCUUCCAUCUCCAGAAGAGCAGGUGUUCCGCCUGUGCUUACCCAGCUGCCCGUAUUCGCAAAUAUAACUGGAGUGUGAAGGCGAUAAGGAGGAAGACGACAGGGACUGGAAGGAUGAGGUACCUCCGUCAUAUGCCUCGGCGCUUCAAGAGCAACUUCAGAGAAGGAACUGAAGCAGCUCCUAGGAAGAAGAUCGCUGCUGCUUCAUUUUGAGCAACACCCCAAUCAUGGUCUUUGUGUCAACCGAGUGUUUUCAAAUUUUGUUGCAUUUUGUUCUCAACAUAUGCUACUUUGAUUCUGGUUUUUCUUCGAAGACUAUCGUGCUCCUCAGGAAUUUACUUGUUAAUUUUCCCUGCGGAGUGCUUGAUAUCCAUAGGGAGUAGUUUUCAUGGACAAUUUGAACUUAUCAUUAUGGUUGAAAAUGUGGAAUUUCAAUAGGUGCCUAUUAAUCAUUGAGUAUCUUUUGCCAA